AUGUCGAGGCACGCAUUGAGGCUGCCAUUGGGGUCCCUAUGGAGAACCACGCCAUCCAGCUCCGUGCCUUGUCUAACAAGGGUGGCCGGCCUCAGCACCACCAGGAGCAGGAGAUCACCGGGAGGCCAUUACUACUCGUCCGUGUCUUUGGAUAACCAGACUCAGGCUCUCUCCGCCCACCUCGACCAAGCCGAUCCCGCGAUUUUCAAUAUAGUCCUAAAGGAAGAGAACCGACAAAAACACUUCAUCAAUUUGAUUCCCUCCGAGAACUUCACGUCCAAAGCUGUCCUCGAAGCCCUCGGAAGUGUUAUGCAAAAUAAGUAUUCCGAAGGAUAUCCUGGCGCUAGAUACUACGGAGGAAAUGAGUUCAUCGACGAGGCGGAAAGGCUGUGCCAACAGCGCGCGUUAACAGCCUUUGACCUUGAACCGUCUCAAUGGGGCGUCAACGUUCAGCCCCUCUCCGGUGCUCCCGCGAACCUGUAUGUCUAUUCGGCUCUUAUGGGAACUCAUGAUCGGUUAAUGGGUUUGGAUCUACCGCACGGAGGUCACCUCUCCCAUGGAUACCAGACCGCGACGAAGAAGAUUUCUUUCAUUUCCAAAUACUUCGAGACACUCCCUUACCGGCUAGACGAGAGUACCGGCUACAUCAACUACGACCAACUCGAGGAACUGGCGACCCUGUUCCGUCCCAAGAUAAUCGUUGCCGGAGCUAGCGCCUACAGCCGCUUAAUCGACUAUAAGCGCAUGCGCGAGAUCUGCGAUAAGGUUGACGCCUACUUAGUUGCCGAUAUGGCCCACAUUUCCGGCCUUGUCGCCGCCAACGUCAUCCCCAGCCCCUUCCCCUUCGCCGAUAUCGUCACGACCACCAGUCACAAGAGUUUGCGUGGACCCCGUGGCGCCAUGAUCUUUUUCAGGAAAGGCGUCCGUCGUAUAAACCCCAAGACGAAGAAGGAGGUGCUGUAUGAUCUUGAGGGACCAAUUAAUAGCUCCGUCUUCCCCGGGCACCAGGGAGGCCCACACAACCACACCAUCGCUGCUCUUGCAGUUGCUCUCCACCAAACUCAGACCCCCGAGUUCCGCGCGUAUCAGACCCAGGUGCUCGCCAACGCCAAAGCUUUGGCUCGUCGUCUCGGCGAUUCUAAGGAAAAGGGCGGCCUAGGCUACAGCAUCGUAAGCGGGGGAACCGACAACCAUCUCGUCCUCGUCGACCUCAAGCCCCAAGGCAUUGACGGUAGCCGCGUCGAGAGGGUGCUCGAGCUCGUAGGUAUCGCUGCUAACAAGAACACCGUCCCCGGCGACAAGUCCGCCUUAAUACCUGGCGGCAUUCGUAUGGGAAGCCCUGCCAUGACUACCAGGGGAUUCUCGGAGAAUGACUUUGAGAGGGUCGCUGAUAUCAUUGACCGAGCCGUCACCAUAACCCUAAGGCUCGACAAGGCGGCGAAGAAGGCGGCGGAGGAGAAGGGAGAGGCGAACCCUAGGAGACUUAAGUUCUUCCUCGACUAUGUUGGCGAUGGCUCAUCGGACCCGGAAAUCGUUCAGCUGAAGUCUGAGGUGGCCGAUUGGGUGGGCACAUACCCUUUCCCUUGGGACUCUCGGCAAGGCAGGUGA